AUGAGCGCAAAGGCCCCAAAGCUCUUCAACAAGUGGUCGUAUGACAAUCUCCAGACAACGGAUAUUGCUCUGAGCGACCACAUCUCGAAGACUGCGACGUAUGUGCCCCACUCCGCUGGCCGGUGGCAGAAGAAGCGCUUCCGCAAGGCACGCAUCCCAAUCGUGGAGCGCCUCACGAACGGUCUGAUGUUCAAGGGCCGUGGCAAUGGUAAGAAGCUGCAGGCUGUGCGCCUUGUGAAGCACACACUCGAGAUCAUUCACCUGUUGACGGACCAGAACCCCGUGCAGGUUGUGAUAGACGCUGUGUCGAGGGGCGCACCACGUGAGGACUCCACGCGUGUUGGCUCCGGUGGUGUGGUGCGCCGCCAGGCCGUUGAUGUCUCACCGAUGCGCCGUGUGAAUGAGGCCAUCUACCUGAUGUGCAAGGGUGCCCGCGAGGCUGCGUUCCGCAACCUCAAGACGCUGCCUGAGUGCCUCGCCGAUGAGAUCGUGAAUGCGUCAAAGGGCAGCUCCAACUCAUACGCCAUCAAGAAGAAGGACGAGGUGGAGCGCGUUGCCAAGGCCAACCGGUAA